GUUUCCUCCGGGGUUCCCACCUAAUCGCCAUCUCCCUCGCGUUGCGUGACCCGGAUCAACAGAACUGCAGGCCACGCCUAUAUACAUCAGAGAAGAGCAGUCCCUGAAAAUUUACUUCCUGCACAUUCCUCCUCCAGCUCCAGUCUCCUGCUACUUCCCACAAACAUUGUCCACGACUGACAUUGCUGAUUCUUCUCGUCGAGUCCUAGCUCCAAUCAAACCGUUCCCAUGGGAGCCAUACGCAUUGCAAACCUUCUGCUCCUUGCUGGGGUCAUCUGGUCACAAGCGACGCGUGGUGCCGAGGCAGCCGGGACGACGGUGUUCACCCUGCGGAACAACUGCAGCCACACGAUCUGGCCGGCCACAUUGUCCGGGAACAGCGCGGCGGCCGUCGGGGGCGGGGGAUUCGAGCUGUCCCCCUACGCCACCGUCUCGUUCCCGGCCCCCGCGGGCUGGUCGGGCCGCCUCUGGGCGCGCACGGGCUGCGUCGCGCCCUCCGGCGGCGCGGCGGCGCCGUCGCCGUCCCGGCUCUCGUGCGCCACGGGGGACUGCAGCGGCGCCGCGAGCUGCACCCUGGGCGGGGCGCCGCCCGUGACGCUGGCGGAGUUCACCCUGGGCGGCGCCGACGGGAAGGACUUCUACGACGUGAGCCUGGUGGACGGGUACAACGUGGGCAUCGGCGUGGCCGCCACGGGCGCGAGGGUGAACUACGCGACGUGCGGGUACGCCGGGUGCGUCGGGGACGUGAACGCGCUGUGCCCGCCCGAGCUGCAGAUGGCGGCGUCCGGGGCGGCGGGAGGAGGGGACGGGGCGGCGCCAGCGCCGGCGACGACGACGGUGGCGUGCCGGAGCGCGUGCGAGGCGUUCGGGACGCCAGAGUACUGCUGCACGGGCGCGCACGGGGGGCCCAACACCUGCGGGCCGACCAAGUACUCGAGGCUCUUCAAGGCGGCGUGCCCCGCGGCCUACAGCUACGCGUACGACGACCCCACCAGCACCUUCACCUGCGGCACCGGCGCCCAGUACCUCAUCACCUUCUGCCCCGGGCACCAGUAGGAACUAGGACGACGACGGCGUGGUGGUGGUCGUGUCAGUGUAUGCGCUACGUAGAGACUGCAGUUGCAGCGAGCCCCGUUGAUCAUUUUGUUGUUUAUUUGUCCUGAAAAAUAUGCUUGUUAGUACUUAGUUACUAGGAUUUGCGGCAAAGAAAGUGGGGUUUGACGAACU